AAGACAUCCAUGGGCUAAGGACAAUUUUCCUCAACACUGCAAAUUUGUGAGACGUAGACGAUUGAGCGAUCAACCUAAAGGGGUUGUCGAGCUAUACCUUCAGCAUCUUGGAAGACCCACUAUCUUUGUGGCAAGGUUGAUUGUUUUCCGCAAAACUCACUUAUAACUGCACAACUUCACGCUCUUUGAAUAACGCCUGAUAGUGCCAAUUCAUAUUUAUCGAUUAGAUUUUCUGAUUAACUUACGAUGUUCAACACCACCAAAGCAAGCUCACCUUUGCGCUCAUCAGUAAUCGCCUUUGUGUUAUUAUCUUUGGCAAGUCACAACAUAUUGGUGUACUCACAAGCGGCGACUCCGGCGGCACCCAGUUACGCACCUUAUCGAGUACAAUGUCCAACCGAUAAGAAACUUUUGAGGAUGUCAGGCUCGGCAGCCAACAAUAAUCAAAGAUUAUCACCAGAAGAGCAAGCUUUUCAGAAGGGGCGUAGGUCGGUCACGAGCCCACUGUGGCGAGACUAUCUCACCAAUGGCCCUGGCAAAGCCACCGGUUAUCAAAACACGGCACUGAUGGCCCAAAACCAAACGAAUUGGCCUGUACUUGGGAUCGCUCAUUCUGGUGGCGGUGAACGGUCGAUGUUGUAUGGAGCUGGAGUAUUGAAUGCACUUGAUUCUGGGACCACCUCAAGCCCUAUCCGCGGAGUGUAUCAAUUAGCUUCUUAUUCCACAGGUCUCAGCGGUGGAAGCUGGUUAAUCGCUUCAAUGACUGCACAUGACCACCCCACAAUGCCCAGUUUGCUCCCCAGGGUACAAAUGGCAAUUGAUGUCAUUCUACCCGGAGGUGCUUUCUAUAACAGUUGGCAAUUCUUCCAAAAUAUCUUGUUUGUUGUCCUUCAGAAGAAAAUUGCCGGCUUCAAGACUUCGAUGGUAGAUUUCUGGGGUAUAGCCCUUGGACAACACUUCUUGCCUGUAGUGACGUCCGACGACUUCUACUGGACCUAUUCUAGUACGCCGCGUGGUGCCGGAAUGCUUUUAUCUAGCUUGCGCAACACAACAUCCCUUCGAGAGUUUCAGAAACCGCUUCCGAUUCUUGUCAGUGGCCACAUGCCACUGUACAAUCUCAAUGUCAACCCAGAUAAACUUCCCAUUCAAGGAACCACAUACAUCCCUCUUUCAGCUCCAACUUAUGAAUAUUCUCCAUUUGAAUUUGGAAGCUUUGACCCCCAAUUAAGCGCGUUUAUCCCUACCGAAUACUUAGGAACUUCUCUUCAAUCAGGAAAACCGAACAACUCCUCAGGGGGUGGAUUUUUAUCUUUCCUUUCUGAUGCAGGAAAUGAUUGCGUUCGCGGUUUUGAUCAAAUGAGUUUUAUUAUGGGAAGUACAGCAGCAGGCUUCAAUACUGUAUUUGGAAGCGGAACAACAGAUUUCCCUUCAAAGUAUGCUGCAGUGAUGAACUACUUUGCCAAUAACAUUGGAGAUAGUGAGCCACUCAUGGCCCACUAUCCCAACCCCUUCAAAGGUGUGAAAGGUACGACGGAAUUUGAUCGAUCAAACUCUGAUGAGUUGCUAAUUGUAGACGGUGGCGAGAAUGGAGAGAACAUACCUUUCAAUCCAUUGUUAGCUCCAGCAAGAAAUGUCGAUGUUAUCAUGGCCCUCGACGCGUCGGCUGACACCGAUUCACAUUAUCCCAACGGAGCGUCCAUGAUCAACACCUGGCUUCGAGUCCACAAAGUGUUACCUUCGAACACCGCCAACUUUCCUCCCGUCCCAAUAGAACCCCAAACCUGGGCUAACCAAGGAUUCGGCACGCGACCUACUUUUUUUGGCUGUAACGCGCCAACCACCCAAGGGAAUGGCGGUUAUCCUUUGGUCGUUUAUCUACCCAACAGUCCACUGUCCCCUUCGCUGACUAACACUUCAAGUUAUCAAUUCCAAUACUCCGACCAAGAGAUGGGCCUCUUCAUCAGCUCGGUGAAGAACGCAACAACAUUCCCUCUAUCUGGACCGAACAAGACAAUCGAUCAAGAAUGGCCAACCUGCUUGUCUUGUGCAUUGAUUGAUCGUGCAAGAAACCGUCUGAAUGUUACUCGAUCGGCCGCCUGCGAAAAGUGCUUCGCGCGGUACUGCUAUCAGGAUGGCGUCCUUCAGCCCACUAGCCAUUGACCCAAGUCUUUCAUUCCUUUUUAUAUAUCUUCGUCCUCAAUCCAAUGUCCGACCUUAAACUUACACUGUGAUAUGUCGCAGCUCACCAACAAGCCUCAUGGUUUAUCCACCAAUGAAGGAUUUCCUUAUUUGACUACCCUAAAUUGCAUGUAUUUAGUAGAUCCACACACGGGGUGCGCGCUUUUCCAACCUACCGCUCUUUUAUUACCGAUAUUGGCUCGCAAUGCAGGAAGCGUUUCAAUUUUAUCCGUUUAGAUUCAUAAACCAUCAUUCAAGCCUCUGCCACGCAAUAUUCAGGUGACUGUCAGAAUUCUAG